AUGAUUUUUGGAAGGCAAACAGAUCCGAUUAGAUCCGAGGAUCCGGUGUAUAUCGCCGUUGUACUACCGAUGAUAAUAUCGUUCAAUGAAGACUGGAAGACUGAAUUCUACGAUAAGCUGUUCGAGAAUGUGCAGCGUUACUACGAUCAGCAUGAUUUAGUUCUUGUCGGUGCUUCGUUUAACGUCAAAGAGACACUAUUCAAAACACUCAUACUUCGUGAUGUAUUUCUCGGAAUUGCGGCAGUCUUAAUGGUUGCUCUUCUCAUUUUCGUUUAUGCCAAUAGUAUUAUAUUCACGUUGCUCGUACUGCUCACAAUGUUCCUCUCACUUGGAAUGGCAUUUUUCGUCUAUACGGAGAGCAAAGCUGCGUUACUUUCUGCUCCAGAAACUGCUGAUUCCGAUGAUAAGGUUGAAAAACGACUACGAGAAUGCGUGAGGAGUUGCCUGAAUCAAGCACUUUCGCAUGCUGUGCUAGCGAUGUUUGUUACGACAGCCACUACAGCCGUUGCAUUUUAUGCAAAUAUCGCAUCGAAAAUUGUUGUAGUUAGGUGA